AUGUCCUUCAGAAUUGGCAUCGUGGUGCACACUGGGCUGUCCUGGCAUUGGGCACCUGGUUUCAGAGUCAGCCUGAAACAGAAAUUCGACAUAGGCUGGGCAGAGGCCGCAGCACUAGAACUUGGCCUUCACAUGGCAUUGCACCUAGGUAUCAUCACCAAGGGCAUGGCAGGAAGCCCUGUCUACCUGGUCUGCUCAGACAAUGCCGGGAUAGUUGCUGUGGCCAACAAAGGCCGCUCCCACAGUUUGCAGACAAACACCAUUCUGAAGCAUAUAUACCAUUUGCAAGCCGACAAUGGUAUCCGCCUGCAUACAGUCUUUGUUCCCUCUCGCGAGAACUGCAACAGCCUCAGUCCCUAUUCCCUUGCCUCUGCAUUUAGCAGACAAACUCAUUCAAUUGUUCCCCCUGCAUCACCCACACCACACGAUGCCCCUUCUUACCUUUGCCCACAAUACAAGGCUGCAGAGAGGCUUUUCACCUCGCGAGGUCCGAACUCACCCCCUCCUACAACCAUAGACCACCCAGUGAUCCACCAUUUGGCCAAUGUGGCUACUCGUGCAUCCCUUCGUGAUACAGCUAGCUAUGGUGCUGCGUUGUGA